CCUGCUGCCGGGACUGGCGGCGCUGUGCGGGCUGAGCGCGGCGCUCCUUUCCGACGGCGCUGCCCGCGUGCGUAGGUCUGCGCCUUGCGCUUUAUUUUAGUGCUCUUGGCGCCGCUCGUCUCGGUCAGCCUGACUUCCGUGCAGGGUGGUGGAAAACGGAGAUUUGCAAAAUGAACAAAGAUGCCCAGAUGAGAGCCACCAUUAACCAGAAGCUGAUAGAAACAGGAGAGCGAGAGCGCCUUAAAGAUUUGCUGAGAGCCAAGUUAAUUGAAUGCGGGUGGAAGGAUCAGUUGAAGGCACAUUGCAAAGAUGUCAUUAAAGAAAAAGGAUUAGAGCAUGUUACUGUUGAUGAUUUGGUGGCAGAAAUCACUCCCAAAGGUAGAGCCUUAGUACCAGACAGUGUGAAGAAAGAACUCUUACAAAGAAUAAGAACGUUCCUCGCCCAACAUGCCAAUCUUUAACUUCGUUGUCUUGGAUACAGCAUUUCUGUUUCUGCAUUAUGUCAGUCGUGUCAGGAUUGGAAUGCAGUUUCCAUGCUUAAGGAUUAAAGUUGGUGGGUUGUGUUUUUUUUUUUUUUUUUUUUUUUUUUUUUUUUUUUUUUUUUUUUUUAAGAUGAGUUGAAAUUUUGUUGCACUGCAUCAAUUUCUUGGUGUUAUUUUAAUAAAAAAUUCUGUGGACUUGUGUUUCUAUGGCUCUUCAUCAGUGCACUGUAAUAGGGUGACACCUGUUUCAGUUUUCAGCUUUUAGUAGUCCAGUUUUGUACAGUUGUGUAAAGUUAGAUAUUUUUUUAACAAGUAUGUUGUUAGGUAAUGCAGAAGAGAAAAGAAAUCCGAAAAAUCAGCUAUGACAUGCUGUUGAGCAUUUUCUUGCUUAUUUUUCCUAAGUAUUGUGAUAGCAUGAAGAAAUUCAAGACUGUCUUCUGUAGUACUUCAUUGUUGGAGGGUGGUUCAAAGUCUCUGACUUGUGUUGUAAACACUCAGUAACUCAUAAGAGGUUUAAUGAUUCAAACAAAGGCAACUGUGUCUCUUGUAAGUAAUUCUCUACUCCUUUUUCUUUUCAAUCAAAAAAAGUCACUAUCCUGAUACUGUUUUCUAGCUUAGCCAGUAUUAUUGGUAACUUUUAAUUAUGUGUGUGUUUUGAAAUCUAUAUGUUACAGUAAUAAUGCAACAUAAGCCUCAAGAUUAUAAUUUUUAAAUUAUUAUAUUUGGAACUGCAACAUCAGCCAAGACUAUGAAUGAUGGAAAAAAUAAUAAGAGUUGAUGAAAAGGAAGUCGGGAAAGUGGCUUUGUAGGAAGAAUGUUCAGUUUUAGGGAACUUCCAUUUGAGAUAAAUUUCAAUUGAUAAGGAAGUGUAAAUGAGCAUAAGGAGAAUCUCAACAAGCUACUAACCUGGCUACGAGGAAAAAUUAAUGACUGAAUGUAAAUCUAAUUACUGCAAACUGGAAGAACUCCAAAAGGUAUCACAGAGUUGUUCAGGCAAUUUUGCUUACUCGGCAGGAUGGCUGGCUGGAGUGGUUACCCAAGGAGUCCAGGAGGUGGCAGCCGCAGCCUGGGGAUUGCCGUGGGCUCUGCUGCAUCCUUGUUCGGCCACUUCUUCAGAGAAAAUAAUAUGCUCUGUGACAGAGCUGGGUUUUUGUUUCACAUGCUGAGUGUUUGAAGCCAGACAGCUGGGGCAGCAGCUGAACCAGUCCAGUUGGUGGUAAAUAGCUGUGAUGGAAUGGCAGAGGUGUGAUGAUCGAUGCUGGAGUGCAAGUGUAUGAAAUUACCUGCUCCGACUGGAAUUAGUGAGCAGCAGGGUGUGAUGGAUCUGCCUGUAAUAGUACACCAUACAAGGCCAAGUUCUUGCUGAGACUGGAACUCGGCACAAGCCAAGGCUGGGGUCUGCCAUGUAACACAGCUGCAGCUUUUUAGGCUCUGGCUGGUACUGCUAUGAACCAUGCCAGUUAGAGCAUGCUUAAGUUUUUGUCUCUAAGCUGCUGAAUAAUGGUGGACACUAGAAAGAAGAAAAUUCUUUCUUCCACUUAAAGGCCCAUACACUUACUUUGUAAAAUGAUUAUUUGCAAUGAGUAUGUUCUGUUUGAUUUCAAAAUCUGAGUGUUUACUCUAAGCUCUUCAUUGUAGGCUUAAUUUACUCAGUGGUAACUGAUAGAAGACAGAAUAUUUCUUCACGUAAUCCAGCAUAAUAUGUGCUGUUUAAGUAUCUAUUUAAAUGCAGGACAAGGCUGUAAAAUAUCUUCCGCAUCCUUCCUCUGUUGUUCUUAGAGGUUUUUCCUGACAUGCUUCAAUAUUUUCCACAGGCCUUUAGAAGUCUCUUCUUGAUGAAUGGCCGCAGUGUACCUAGAACUUGAUCCAAAGCAGCCACUAAUUUCCUUUAUUUUACAUCUCCAGCAGUAUGAGAGAGCCAGACUUCAUGUGUUGAUAUAUCAUACUGUGUAAGGCUUGUUGUCCAAUCAAUAAACAUUGGAGAUUUCAUCUAGAACAUGACAGUUCUCUAAAUACAUCAUUAACUUCUUGUAAGUGCUUUGUCGUUCUCUUUUAUAGGCGUUCACUCUUGGUACACAAUAAAGACUGAACACAUGAAUUUUCACAAAUUCACAAAACCAAUCUGAACUUGAAGGUUGAACAAAUAAUUAUUUCACAUACUUCCAAAAAUAAGUUGUAAUGUUUUGCCCAAGCUGACCUGGAAUGUAAGAGCAUUCAGAGAAAGAGAGAAUUCCAGCUGACCAGUCACACAUCAGCAGCUUGUCUGCAUGGCAUGGGCUGUUUCUGACAUCAAAACAGAGCAGCACAUUCUACAGUGAGGUCUGUUCAUCAGAUCAGUGCAGCCUCUGUACUCUGAGUGAAAAGCAUAAUUAACGACCUAUACAGAUCCAAAGAAUAAUGCUCAGAUAUCUUGAUAAGUAUUUAAGAAUGAGGUUAGGUUUGCAUUGCUAUUGGCCAGAGGUUUCUUGAGAAAUAAAAUGCUCCCUUUAGGGAUGUAAUAUUUUUAACUGUUGGUUUCAUUAGCAGAUGCACAGGGAUGGCUUUGUUUUGCAAACUGUUGUCUGCAGAAUCUGUUUCUACUCAUUUGGUUGAGGAUUGAAAACAGUUGGUAAUAUUCAAGAUGUGGCCAGAAAAACAUUGUCCUUUUAUUUUUCUUGCUGUUGUGGGGGUAGUUUUUUUUGCACACCGAAAAAUAAGAUGACCUGUGCUGCUAAAAGUCCCAUACCUACAACAUUUACAGACAGAUGUGUUAACUUUUGGUCUGAUUUUUGGGUGGCCCUGUGUGAGGCCAGGAUCUGGACUCAAUGAUCCUUACAGGUCCCUUCCAACUCAGGAUAUUCUAUGAUUCUAGAAACUUUUUUUCCCCCAAAAUUUCAGUAUGCCUAAUGUCAUGAAGUGUAUCUGUUCCUUAGGAAUGUUUGUGUAGACAGCACCCAGAAAUAGACAGCUAAGAAUGUGUCAGUUUAAGAUUGAUGGAAAUUAUCUCAGCUGUGGAUUUACACUACUUUUAGCUGACAGCCAUAUAGAUAACUAGCAGCAGAAUCAGCUUAGUCUUCUUGCAGACAAGCCUGUAAGAAAUAAAAUCAGUUUGUAUAUUGGCAUUGAAAUAAUGGGUCAGAUAACAACCAGAGUAAAUGAGUAUAUCUCUGGCUGCUCACUGAACACCAUAUUCUAUGUGACUAUUUGAAUAGUCCUCCCGAUGUCAAUGGAAGACCAAUAGAGAAAAGUUAGUUCAUCCUCUUCUUUAGUCAGUCCCUGAGGGGACUGAAACACAGUCUGAAAAAAAGUGAAGCACGCGGUGAACUGAAACGUUCUUUCAUUUUAAUUUGUUUGGUAAUUAGUUUUCCAAGAAAACUUCUCUGUGUUGACAUGGUCUGUUUAAAAGAAGCUAUUAAUCAGCAAUAUCACCUGAGAAUUAUACUGAGAUAUCAAACUUACACUCACAUGCCUUAAAGCCUUAUCAUUUUGUCACUAUGAGUUUUUUCAAUUUUUUUCCCAAUAUCAAAUUUUUUCCUCUUCUUCCUUCUUGUUUAUUGCCAUAAAAUUAACAUGCAAAAUUUUAUUGCUUCGAAAACAAGCAUGUGAAAAUGCUUAAGUGCUAUUAUUUUUGCUUCUCAGUUGCCCAACCUAGAUGGCCCUUUGGACUGAUAGCUCUGCACUACUAAGCCUGUGUCCUCAUCUUUUCUUUCACAUAAUUGAGUAUGUUUAAUUUUGGUGAUAAAAUAUGUUCAAUUGUAGUGAUUGCGAUAUCUUGCAUCUUGGGCUCUGCCUUACUUAGUGAUUGAGUUUUCACUAGAGCGAUGAAGAAUAUCCAAUGCUCUUACCUGCUGGCUUUCUUUGCAAUUGAAAUCAGAAUUGUGUUCUACUUGGCCUCUUUUUCUCAGCUGUUCGGUUUCUGAAAAAACAGCUGUGGCUGCAGAGCCAAAUUUGUAAUGAUGAGCUCAGAAUGAGGAAAACCUCAUUCGUUUCCUCAUAAAUAAUUUAUGCUUCACUACUUUAGUGUAAGGAAUAGGUUAAUC